AGCAUGGGAGUGUCGGGCCGCGCGGUGCGUGGUGGGGCCGCGGGUUCCAUCUGGCCUGCUCCCACUCGCUCGAGCGGCUGCCGGAGCCUGACAAAAUUCUUGGAGAAAUUACAUCCCUGUAGUUUAUGAAAUCGUCCAUCUUUUAGACCAAAUUAGACAGUGAAACAGCCUUUUUAGAACUCCUACUAACCAAGAAAGAACUUCUAGCCUGCUUUGACCGGUAUUGAAAUAGACACUCUCUCUUGUGCCACAAUGGCAAGUUUUGGCAGAGGCCAGAGCAAUCAAAUGCGUACUAAGAGGAAGAGUCGUUUUCACGAUGCAGAUGCUGGAGGUCUCGUUGCAGGUCCACCUCUGAAUAUCCAGGCAGCUCUUGGGACAUUGUGCCAGAAUCCACACUUGGCUGGCUUAAUAAAUUCUGGACAGGGUCAGAAUUAUGGCCUUCAUGGUGCAGGACAGGGUCAGAACUUUGGCUUACAAGUUGCAGGAUCGGGUCAGAACUUUGGCCCGCAAGGUGUGGGACAAAGAUCUAAAGGUUUGAUGUCUACAGCUGGUGGGCCGUCACGAUACAGCGAUACUGCUAGCAGUAGCUUGCCUUCCUUGUUUGGAGUUAGAAACCAGAAUCCACAAUCUCAUGCUGUUCAGAAACAGAUUGAUGCAGACAGGGCCAGUAACAUUCUAGCUGCAUUUGGUCUUUCAUCCAGGGAUUUGGAUGAACUGAGCCACUACCCUGAAGAUAAGCUUACACCUGAAUCCUUGCCAGAAAUUCUUACGGAGAUAAAGAGGAGAAGAGCUAAUGAAGGAACAGCUUCAAAAUACAACAGAGGUGACGGUUCUCCACGACAUGACCGUUCCUACAGAGCCUCUCAUGAUGAUUGGGAGGAAGAAAGACACUUUAGGAAACGUAAUUAUGCAAGUCGUGACUCCAGUCUUGAUUCAAUAGUUGAAUAUAGUCACGGCCAUUCUUCUCGAGACUCAAGUGCUAGGUAUGACCGGAAGGACUAUGAACGUGAGCGAUUAAGAGGCAGUGAUGACUUCUCCAGAGAGGAAAUGUGCCUCUCUGAGCCCUCACACAAUUACAAUAAAUUUGAUUCUGAUUAUGGAAGAGCUGCUCAUCUUCCUUCUCCUCGUACACAUGAGAGGUCUCUCUUUGAGAGAAAACGAGGAUCUCCUUCAUUGAACAACAUAAACGAUUACCAUGGUUUCUUGCCAGCAGUGUUCCCCCACUUGUGCUCGCUGUGUGACCUAACCAUUCAUUCUGUACAGGAUUGGAACCAACACAACAAUAGUACGACUCACCGACGACUUUGUGACCUUCUUGUGGAAAUAUAUCCAGAAUGGAAUCCGGAUGCCUUCCCACCACAAAUGGGCGAUCCUCUGGUUUUACAGUCAACAAACCUGGCUCCAGGGAUUCUGGGUCCCCCACCAUCUGGAUCCUUUCUUGCAUCGAACAGAGGCAUGGGAGGGAUGGAAUCCCAUGGGGGAUCAGGUCGCAAAGGCCCUACAGAUAACAAACAAGGAAACAACACUCAGAGGCUGCAGAAGCCAGCCAGAAUGAAUGCGAAUGAUGAGCCUGGACGAGUAGUUCACAUUAGUGAGUUGCAGCGAGGUAGAUGUACGAAUCGUGAUCUAAUCAAGCUGGCUGAACCUUUUGGGAAGGUUACAAACUACUUGUUGAUAAAGUCAAAGGGUGAGGGAUUUGUGGAAUUGGCAUAUCCUGAAGCAACUCAAGCCAUGGUGAAGUUUUACCAGAUGAAACCUACGUUUAUUGAUGGCAAUGCUGUCAGAGUGGAACUCUCCCAGAAAUAUAAAAAGCUGACUAUAAUGGGCAAAGAAAGUGAAGAACGAAGCCGGGUUGUCCACAUCAGCAACUUGCCUUCUGUUGGCUAUUCUGAUUCGGAAAUUGUAUGCCUUGGUAUGCCCUUUGGAAAAGUGACCAACUACCUACUAAUGAGAGUUAAAAAUCAGGUUUUCCUGGAAAUGGAAACACACCAAAUGGCAAUGGCCAUGAUAGAAAAGUUCAAGAAAAUCCCUCUGAUGUUCCAUGGCAGAGAACUGAAAGUAUAUUUGUCUGAAAAGUAUAGGAGCUUAGUGUUAAGGAAACCAGGCAAAGGAGUUGAUGAACUCUUAAGGAACAGAGAACGGGAAAAUCGAAAAAGGGGUCGUUCUCAUAGCCCUACUUCUAAAAGACCACGAUCACCCAGCAACAAGAGAAAGGCUCAAGAUAAAUCCAAGAAUUCUAAGGAAACAGACAAUGAAAAUGCACAAGUGGGCUCUCCUUCACUGGAGAACGCAAGUCCCAAACAGUUAGAAGGAGAGAAUGUUGCAAAAAUUAAGUCACAGGGUGGCCCUUCUCCAGACACCAAGACCUACGAAGAAGGUGGCCCAGAAGAAUUACUGUUGACAUACGAUGAAUUAGUGAAGGACAAAUCUGCAACAGGUGACAGAGAGGAUGUUUUGGAAGUGGAAUUGGAACCGGAUAUAGAAGUUGGGCAUUUCACUGAAAGUGAAAUGAGAGAUGAGUCUGAUGCAGAACAAGGCUGUCGAGAUGCAGCACACUCAGAGAAGCGCUCAGAAGGCAUUCGAUGUCCAGAGUACAUGGAUGAGUUUUUUGCCCUUGAUGAGAUUGAUGAUCCGAAUGGUCAGAAAAUCAAAUCUGCUCAAACAGACAAACUGCUUACUGAUGACAUCAAAGAUGAACAAGAUGCUGAAAAUGAAAGUUAUCUAAGAAGUAAUAUGAAUGAAAACACUGACAUGGAUGUAAAAACUGGUGAAGAAGUGAAGGGAAACAUUUCCACGUUAUGCGGAGAACCAUCAAGUGAGCAAAUCCAAGCUCUCUCUCCUCUUCCAGAUGAAUACAAACUUGGGCCAUAUAAACCCAACAAUCCUGUAGGUUUAGAUUAUGUGGUUCCAAAAGCUGGCUACUACUGCAAACUUUGCCGUCUCUUCUACACAAGUGAGGAGACAGCAAAGCAGACUCACUGUGGCACCGUUGAGCAUUAUGAGAGACUUAAGAAAACACUGGCCAAGCAAGCUAUGGAGUACUGGAGAGAAAAACAGCAGCAAUUCGUUCUGGAGUGACCGAACAUAAGAACUGAGCAAAACAUUGAGAAGCAUAAUUCCAGUAUUACCCAAAACAUUGAACACAAUCUGACAACCCAGAUGGAUAUGAGCUUUUUGCAGUUUUUAAACUAGAAAGAUUUAUAUGAGUAUCGUGCUGUAAUGUUGAACAACUUAGGGCUGUAAGAAAGUUUGAAUUUUGAAACAUUGAUGAUAGAUUAUAACUUUAAUGUUCAUGUUUCUUUUUCGUUUUGAAGCUUCAUUAAGUUCCUAGAUGAGACAAGUCAACCCUUUUGAAUGAACUGCAAUAAUCACUUUCUUCCAGCAGUGAAACACAGACCUGUGCUUCAAUCCAAUUAUAUCCUACAGUGUUGAUCUCAAACUCGUUAUCGUCUUCUCACAGUAAAUUGCUUCUCAACACUUAACUAUAUUGAUUAUUUUUUAUGCAACAGUGAUAAUGUUUUCAGUGCUAGCAGUAUGAAGCUUCAAAACAUUUUUUUAAAAGUUUGAUUUGUUAACACCUGUUUAAAAUAAAAGCCCAAAACGUUGAACUUCUAACAUAUGGUAUUUGUCUCUGGUUAAAUAUCUGUGAUUGGCUUGUGGAGACAUGAAGCUUUUAAUCAUUCAUUGCUAGUUAUGUUUUGUUGAGCUAAUAUAAAUGUUGACAAUGUAACUGGCCGUAACUGGAAAAAGUAAAAUACUGUUUAGAAAGAAAUCCAUUACAAGAAUGAAUGCAAGAUUAAAUGGGAAUUAAUCUCAUCCAUCAUUGUUCCUUCACUGAUUUAAGUUAGAAUACUAAGUUGUCAGUUGUGUUUUCAAUUGUAAAACCAUAAGUAGAGAGUUUGUAAUCUGGGUUGUGAUAUAUUGGACCAACACUGAUAUCCAUCCAUCUCAGCCCAAACUAAGCAAAUAUUUUGGAGAUUUUUUUUCCUUUAACAUACAUAUAAACAUUGGAAAAACAUAACAUAUUCUGUUUUUGUUUUAAAGUAGUAGUUGUUGCUUCAUUCAGUCACUGAAUUUCCAUCUUCAAGUAGGAAUUAUUGUCGCCUGCAGUAUAAACCAGCUAUAAGAAAUGUCAUUGUCUGGGCAAUUUACAUGUGCUAAGUGCAACAUACUUGGGAUUGUUUUGGCUCUUCCCCUCCUUUUGGAUUAGCAGUAAUUCAUGUUUUUGUGAAUGUUACUUUUUUCAGAGAAUAAGGUUAUGUACUGCAAGUACUCUGCCAUUUUUACUUUUGUAAGCAUGCUAAAGAACCAUUUUUCAACACUUAGUGUGAUAUUUGGUAAACAAGCAAUUAUAACAUAACAAAUCUCAGUCUGCAAUGAAGAGUGUUUUCCAAAUAUCAUGCCUGGUUGUAUGAAUUUUGUUCAUAGCAGAGCAUAUUUAGCUCAUUUUAUUGACUACUGUCAUAUUCAGUUCUCUUUAGGACCAAGCGAUCAGUUAAUGUAACAGCCGGUUUUUAAGGCACAUAACCAUAAUUGUCAGAGAUUUGGUCAAUGAUUGAAUAGUGGAAUAGGUAUUUUUAAGAUCUGUCUAAUGUAUCAAUUUUAGGGUGUACAUGAGAUGCUGCAUUUUCCGUUAACUUGUCUAGCCCUCAAGUAAUAUGUGGCAACCUCAUCAAAUUUGGAUUAAUCAAAAUUCUAAAUCUGGAAUGCAAUAAAAAAGUGUAUUUUGGAAGUCCCCAUUAAUGUGUUUUCUAGACCGAAGUAGAUUAUUUCAGGACACUAUCCAUGCUGUGGUAUGGGCACUCCAUUUGGCUUCUUGGGAUCUUUGUACUUUAGUUCAAUCAUUUAGAUUGUAGCAAAAUAUCUGGCGUGCGUGGUGAAAUCAGGGUCUCCAUACAAAGUGACUACCUGAGACCGUUUAGAGCUAGGAAACGUGAGGCUUGAAAUUUGCUGUGACCCCUGAGUGAGAACUAAGAGAGCAAGGGCCAGUUACAGGGAAGCAUAGCUAUUAUAGUUCAGAGUUCUUCAGGGACCCUUACUACCAAGAGCUUGUGACCCCAAAAUUUCAGCUCAAGACCUCAGUUGGACCUCCCAAGCCCCCACUUUGGGAAACCCUAAUUUAGAAAUCACCAGAGUGGGAUGGAAAAAUGGGGGGUAUUUUGCUAAAUUUAUUUCACUGACUUUUAUGCUGCGUUCAGUAUAAGAACUUGCCAAACGGAUAAUAAAGGGGCAUGAACUACGUUGGUUUAAAUUCAGAUGUCAUGUUAUCCAAAGCCUUGUGCAAUUGUAGCUUAUUUUUAGAUAUUCAUGUUUCUGAUGUCAUGCAUGUCAUUGUGUAAAUUCUUGCAUAUUGUCAUAAAGAUAUUCAAGAUAUUUUUGCCAUCAAUAAAAAAAUUGUAAAUCCCAAAAGAGCCAAAGUAAUUUGAAGUAAUAGUUUGACACCAUUGGAUUAAUUAAGCCUCAAACAUUUUUGUCAGUUGCAUAUUUUCUAAGUACCGCAUUGUGCAGUAUUUAGAAAGUAUAGGAAUUCACAUUGUUUGAAAAAAGCUUAAACUGUCUAUACGGAACAUACAGUGGCAUUCUGAAAGUCUUAUAGCUCAGAAUUGCCACAAAAACUGAUUUUUCAACUUGACAAGGUGUCAAAAGAUCAGAUUUGAGAACAUUUGAGCUUUCUUUUACUGACCCAAAUUUUAUGUAAUGUGACUCAUUUUCAGUUUGACACAGUCAAAACCAGAUUCUAAUCUUCAUUUGCAAUUGAACUGAAAUACUUGCUUUUGCAUUUCUAAGAGCAAGCAUGCUUGUUUAUUAGAUCUAAGAGUGUAUUUAGUAAACUUCUGAGAGAUGGUGUUGGUAUUUAAAGUAUACAGACAUACUAAAUCAUUGCCGAUUAGAACUGUGAUGUACUCUUGCUUCUUGUUUAAAUCUGUGGUCUUUGGUACAGACAUUGUUUUGUAUUCAAACUUGUUGAAAUUUUUCUUUUGAUUUUGAUCUGUAAUGAACCAGAUGUUGUACAAAGAAGCCUUGGUAGAUCACUUGCCUUCCAAAUAGAUGGCCAGAAUUGAUUGCUAGAUUACCCUAUCAGGAGAAUCUUUCUGGCCUAGUCAGAUAAGUGUUCCCAAUUCUUGGGAAGCAUGUGAAAGCAAAAUGUUCCCUCUUAGAAGUGAUCUGUGAUUCCCAAGGGAUGUAUGGCAUUUCUGAGAACAGCUAAACGUGGAAUACUGCAAUAAGCAGUAAAUUGGUGAGUAACUUAGUGAUUUGAAAACUGAUAGUUAAUGAAGUGGGCCGGCUUCCUUUUAUUUCAUGUUUGAUUGCAGUGUUGUUAAAAACGGUUUGCUUUUAAACUCUUUCUUCAACUUUAAUGUGUCCAGGAUCAGUUGGAAAACCAGCUUUAAAUGAUAAAAUGAUAAAAUGUGAAAUUGUUGAUUUAUUUUGUUUGUUUAAAAUUGUGCUGUUGAGAAGGUUGGCUGGAAUGGAGAGCCUGUUAUGCCUGAACACUACACAAUAAAACUUUUAUAUUGUUACUGGUGCAA